AUGGCGGCGCUACCAUCGCCGCCACAAGUGGCUGGGCAGCAGGCACCGCAGGAAGCUGCUCAUGAGGUAGCGCACGAUGCUGAAAGGGCGCAUCCGAGCUCCUUCUCGUUGGAGUCAGCGCACGAGUAUGCAGGACAAGCUGUGCCCCCGCUCAAUGGUGGCGAGGGGGUCCUGUCUGAUGGCCAAGCGGAAGAUGCGAAGGUGGAUGGCGAUGGGACGAGGGUGAAGUCGAAGAGCUGGAACACGUCGGCAGACAUCCGACUGAUGCACUCUGCGAACGAGCCGACGGCAAGGGCUAUCUUCAAGGGUUUUUUAGAAAAUGAGGAUAAGAUCGACUCUCCAGCGAGGGGUCCUUUGAACGAGCAAUUUUGGGUGACUGUGGCCGGCAUUUUCAAUGACCCAGGAUAUGCACCCAGCAACAAGUACCCUCAAGAUCGAAUUGUAUCCUCCCUUCGUCCUGACAUGAUUCCUGAUCCUCGGGACGCUACCUAUCUUCGAGCUCAGUUCAGAAAACUUUGCUCUGCGUAUCUAUCAGCAAGAGAGUGGUACGAGAGGGACGCUAGAGGUGACGCGCACUUCUAUGAAUAUUGCCAUAGUGGAAAUCAGAGCAAAAAAGACAGCAAGACCGGUCAAACGCGGAAUAAUCGGGUGAUUUAUUACUUUCACCUGCUGUACAAAGACGACCCAAAUUUCCAAUCGAUCGCACGUGUGUACCAAAACAGCGCUAGGAGGUCCGGAGCUUCCGAAAAGAAUGGAUCUAUCAGCGACAAUGCUGAGUCAGGUCAUAACGCGGGCAUACAGAGCCAUUCUUCCGGAGGACGAGGACUGAUGCCCGUUUCGUCGACGAUAUCAUGCGCUCCAGCUGACUUCGCGACAGAGGGGAGGAUGCAGAGGCUUUCUAGCAUGCACGCGCAAGACAUGAACGUGAAGUGUGCCAAAUCGAUGGAGGAGGCGCUAGGCGUCCUCAGAGAGUUGGUGGCUGAGCGUCAGUCCAAGAAACGGCUGAGAGAGUCCCGCGAAAGCAUCCGAAAGUCGUCGGAAAUAACAGAUGCAGUCACAAGGUUGCAGAUGCAAUUGCGUGAGCUGCGGCAGGACUUGGCGGUGGAGAAUUUGGAAACGGAAGAGCGAAAGAUAUUGGAGAAACAAAAGCAGCUUGCUUUGAGUCAAAUCCAAAAGCUCCAGCUUGAACUGGAAUCAACAACAUGA